AUGCCUCCAAAACAACAAUUGUCUAAGGCCGCUAAAGCCGCUGCCGCCAUGGCCGGUGGUAAGAAGUCUAAGAAGAAGUGGUCCAAGAAGUCUCACAAGGACAAGGCCCAGCACGCUAUCAUCUUGGACCAGGAGAAGUACGACAGAAUCAUGAAGGAAGUCCCAACCUACAGAUACGUUUCCGUCUCCGUCCUAGUCGACAGAUUAAAGCUCGGUGGUUCUUUGGCCAGAAUUGUCUUGAGACAAUUGGAGCAAGACGGUGUCAUCAAGCCUAUCUCCAAGCACUCCACUCAAGCUAUCUACGCCAGAGCUACUGCUGCCUAA